AUGAUGGCUCAUGAAUUACCAAUACCAAUUAAAGUACAUACUAAUGAAUUAAACGAUACAUUUAAUAAUACAUCUAAUAAUACUCAAAAGAAUUCAAAGAAAAAUGAUAAGAUACAUAUUGAUCAAGAUGAUGAAAUAAGGUUAUUACCUAGUGGAAUGCCUGUAAAUUUUGGACAUAAUAAGAAUCAAACUUCUAAAAAAUUAAAAACUUCAAUAAAAUUAUCUUCAUUACCUUCUUUACCUAGUGGCGAGAAACCUGAUUUUUAUAAUGAUAAUAAUAAUAAAAAAGAAAAUAGAAGGAAAUCGAAUAAAAAUAGAGAGGAGGAAUCAAACAAAUCAAGUAACAAGUCAAAAUCAACAAAUAACCUGACAACAAAAGAGAACAAGAAAAAAUCAAACACCUCAAGACAAUCAAAAACAGAUGUUGAACAAAGUUUACCAAAUGGUCAAAAACCAAAUUUUGGAAAUAAGCUCAAUAACGAAGAUCAAUCCAAAUUAAAGAAAUUAACAAAAUUUGAUAAAACAGCUGUUGCAGUAACAUUAAAAGAUGAUUCAUAUGCUGGUUCAUCGUUUCAUUCUUCACCAGCUGCUUUAGCUUUACCAAAACCAAAAUUUAAAUCAUCACCAAAACAAAUUAUUGAAAAAAAUAAUAAUUUAAAUGAUGAAUUAAAUGAUUUAUCAAAUAAAUUUUCUUCAAUUUCAACAAGUAGUGAUGAUACAUCAAGUACAAGUUCUCAACAAACUACUCCUCCAAAGAAUUUAACUAAUUUAUCAUCAAAUAAUAUGAUAUUACCUCAACAAUUUCAAAAUCCAAUGUAUCAACAUCAAUCUUUACCAAUGCCACCUCAAUCAAAUCCAAAUAAUAUACCAUAUCCUUAUUAUAUGCCAUCUACAGGAUCAAACAUUCCAUCAACCAUUCCAAUGCAAUUUAAUCAACCUCCACCUCCUCCUCCACCUUCAUUUCCACCACAACCACAUAAUAAUAUACCUCAUUAUAAUCAUUAUCCACAAUAUCCACAAUAUCCUCAAUUUCCAACAUAUCCUCAAUUUCCAACAUAUCCUCAAUUUACUCAACCAGGGCAUGCGCAAGGUCCUCCAAGUCAAUUUCAACAAAUUUUAAACUCACAACAAAAACAACAAUCACAACAAUAG